GCGAAAACAAGAAAAAGAACGAAAAGAAAAAAAAGACAAAACCGACAAGUCGGAGCUGCGUGAAUUCAACACAUUCUCGAUGGCGAGCGUCGAGAUGGGUGUUGACAUGUCUGACAUGGUGUCAUCUAACCUACGGCGUGUUUGCGCUGUGCGACCGGUCGCACAGCAGGACAGGCAGGAGGAGAGAGAACAAGUGAGAGGAGGAAGAGAAGGCAAGAGAAAACGGGGAGGAAAGGCAGCCGCCGAGAGUUGGACAGGCGACGGUAAUCAAGUGCGCAAUGCACCAAGUCAAGUACCGGGUUAGCGUCGCGAAAGUAAACGUCGAGAGCGACUAACCAAUUGGUCGGUCCAGAUUGGGAUACCGAUUUUGAUGGGGCUGUCAAUUGCGGAAGCGUUGGAUUACGCCCGCCACAACGGGUGGCUGGAUCUGGAAACUUCGUUGAAGGGUCGUUCAAGCGGGGCGCAGCGGCCAUCGCGGUUCAGGCUUGUUGAUUAUGACCUCGACUCAACCGACGACGACGAUGAGGAGAACAGUGAAGAAGAAGAGGAGGUGGUGGCAGUCGGGGGGAGGGAGGGCGCAGAUCGCAGAUCGGUCGCGGGUCGGCGUGCAACUGGCGGGAAUGUGUUGUUGAAGACUGCUACACAGUCAUUAUCAUCAUUCCGUUCGAUGGAGAAGACUGAUGAUAAUGAUGAUGGUGAUGAUGAUGAUGAUGAUGAUGAGGAUGAGGAGGAGGAGGAGGAGGCUGCGGUGGUUAAGGGCAGUAAUCGGCAACACGUGGAUAAUAUCGAGGAAGAGUUCAAGAAGCUAAUGCUGGAAGUCAAGGAGGGUCAGCAAGAAGAUGAGCAAGAUGAUGAUGAAAGGUCAAAAGUGGGCAUUCCGUCAAGCAGCAACAGAAGGCUUGCUGGCAAGGGCGUUGAGUCAAGGAGCGCGGAAGUGCGGAAGGUUGAGGCUGGACGUGCUAACUCUGGCCACAGCAGUGCCGUUGGCUCUCAUGCAUCUGCAGCAUCUCGACGUACGGCGAUCUCUGCAACAAAUCAAGAGUGCCGGAUGCAUCAAGAAGGGUUAGCAGAUUAUGACCUCCCAACAAAGGCAACCCCCUUGAUCUCUCCUGCCGCUGCGCUUGAUUUGCUUGCGCAAUCCGAUUUUCCUGGCAAAAGGGUUGGCGUCAACCAUAACAAUGAAAGAUCUGCGUUUUCCUUCGACGUGCUUGCUCGAUUAGAUUCGCCCAGUCAAAGGGCUGACGUCAACCAUAACGAAUGUUCUGCAGUUUCCUUUGACGUGCUCGCGAGAUUGGAUCCGCCCGGUGAAAGGGUUGACGUCAACAAUGGAAGGAUGAUCGGCGUCGCCGUGAACCGUCAAACUUCCGGUGUAAGCGACCAAGGAGGGGAGGGGAAGACGACGGCGAAGAAGAAUGGAAAUGCUUACGGGGUGGCCAAUUUGGCAGGAAAGGAGGAUUCUCCCAGUGGCGGCAGAGAUACUGUCAUCUGUGGACCGAUUCACAUGGUGCGGGAGGGUUGGCAGGGAACGGAUGAGGCUGGUGGAACAUCUAGCCUGUCGGGGGGGAGAUCGCAAUGGCAGGGUAAUGAUGGCAGUGGUUUGGCUUCAAACACUGCAGCUGUUGCCGCCCCAAACGGAGAAGAGAGUACUGGUGCGAUGGACUGGUAUGUGGUGGUUGAUACUAGUUGCUUUAUGGAAGUGAAAGACAUGAGUGCCUUGUUUAUGAUACAAUUCUGGGGGAACUGCCGGUGGAGAUUGGAGAGCCUAGCAGCCCUUCAACAGGCUACUGCAGAAAUGCUGGAAAUGUGCAAAGUGAGGGUGAUCAUGGUUAUCCCACAAAGAGUUGUUAGGGAGCUUGAUGGUCUGAAGGGUUCUCCUGAUGCUGACCGCAACAGAAUGGCACGCCAGGCCUUAAGAGAGGCCUUGGAUUCUUAUGCAUCAACCUCAGGUUGUUCUGCAGAUGAUGCGAUCUUGGGAUGUUGCUUAUACUACAUGAAUGCAAUUGCUCCUACAAACACCAUUCUGCUGACAAGAGAUAUUGCUCUGCAAGUGAAGGCAUAUAUGAACGGAGCAAGAGCGUACUCUGCUGACGAAUUCCUUAAGCAGGCAUUUUGGCUUGCUGAUGCACAGGCUAUGCUGGCAAGCCACGCACAACCGCCUGAGCCCCUCUCGCAGUUCUCCGCUGCGGCAGUCGAACUAACAACAGAUGUGCUUUGAUUGGACUGACACAUGUCAAAUGUUUUGCUGAGGGGAAAAGGUGACAGCAGAACCAGGAUGUCCUGAUAAACAUGGCUUUCCCUCAGCACCCUGCAUCUGCUAUUGAUUGUCGAUGCGUGCAGAAGAACAGAAUUUGAAGACCUAUGAGUGUACAGAGAGAGCCUAUGUGCAGCAGACUUUUGUCCGCCUAAUAAACGUGGAAGCUUUGAUGUAUGCGUCAGUACAGUUAGCAUCAUGCCGCCAAGUUAAGGUGCUGGGAAGUACAAGGAAAGAACCCGUUCAGGGUUUAGGGUUUACGGUGUAGGGUCUAGGUAGGGUUUGUAUUUUGUUGUCAUUUCAUUUGGAAGUUGGACAGAAUGGAAUCGACAUUUUAGUGUGGAAUUGACAUUUUAUCUCAAGGUGUUUGCCGAGUUGAAAAAACCUCAUUUUCAAAGUUGAAGAAGUACAUAAUUCUUAAGGGACGGGACUGCUCAUCGCCUUAACGGAUUCAGAGGAUUUCGGUGUCCUCGACUGGUUUAGGGAUGGGCAUACACAGUACGGCCCUGUGUGGUGUGCAUUUCUGCCCUGUAUUUUCCAACUCUUAUUGUUUUGGUGCAUUUCUGCCCUGGAGAUCUCUGGGUGGGUGUAUUUCUGUCUUGUGGAACCCUGGUUUAUUUAUUGUUUUUUCUUAUGCGGCUCUGUGUCGACCCUCCUCUUGUUUAUGGACAGUGAGUUUGAUUAAAGCGUGGACCCCAUAUAUUUGUUCAUGGGAGUAAAAUGGACGCAAUUGG